GAAGAGACGGGAAGGGCAAGCCUGGGAGGCGAGGCUGGCGUUGGGGAGCCGAGCGGGAGGGAGCCCUGCUGCUCUGGGAAAGGAAAGGAAAGGGAAAGCAAGGCUGUGCGGGGACCUGCUCUGGACUUGGGUGUUCGCAGUGGCUGCCCUGUAGAAGCAAGAAAAUGAUGAGCGAUGCAAGUGAGAUGCUGGCUGCAGCUUUGGAACAGAUGGACGGCAUUAUUGCAGGCUCCAAGGCUUUGGAGUAUUCCAAUGGCAUAUUUGAUUGCCAGUCCCCAACUUCUCCAUUCAUGGGGAGCCUGCGAGCCCUACAUCUGGUGGAGGAUUUGCGCGGCUUACUGGAGUUGAUGGAAGUGGAUGAGAAAGAAGGAUUGCGGUGUCAAGUCCCAGAUUCGACAGCAGAGAUUUUGAUUGAAUGGCUACAGAGUCAAAUGACCAAUGGGCAUAUAUCUACUAAUGGAGAUGUGUAUCAGGAGCGACUCGCACGUUUGGAAAAUGACAAGGAAUCUCUUGUUCUGCAAGUGAGUGUCCUUACUGACCAGGUGGAGGCCCAAGGAGAGAAGAUCAGAGAUUUAGAGUUCUGCCUAGAAGAGCACAGGGAAAAACUGAAUGCCACAGAAGAAAUGCUACAACAGGAGCUUUUAAGCAGAACGUCCCUUGAAACUCAAAAGCUGGACCUUAUGGCAGAAGUAUCUAAUUUAAAGCUCAAGCUGACCUCUGUGGAGAAGGACCGAAUAGACUAUGAAAACAGGUUCAGAGACACAGAGGGUUUGGUUCAGGAAAUUCAUGAAUUGCGCUUGAAAGUAGGAGAGAUGGAUAGCGAGAGACUUCACUAUGAGAAAAAAAUUAAGUAUACCAAAUCUUUAAUGGCCAAACUUUCUAGCAUGAAAAUCAAAGUGGGCCAGAUGCAGUACGAAAAGCAGCGGAUGGAGCAAAAAUGCCAGAUGCUGAAGGAAGAGCUGGCAUCUUUAAAAGACAAACUGGAACAGAAGGAAGCAGAGAUAAAACGACUGCAGGAGAAACUGGUUCACCAGGUGAAAGGAGAAGAGGUUGACCUCAGUGACAGAGAUAUUGAGGUCCAGAAAAUGAAGAAGGCUGUGGAAUCUCUAAUGGCAGCAAAUGAAGAGAAGGUACUGGGAAUAGAAGAAGUUAAAGAAGCAGUGAACAACUUUUACCUUUCUGUGUUGGUAGGCAAGGAUGAUGAAUGUGAGGAGUCUGCUAACUUGGGAUCUGUUCCAGAAACUUUGUCAGAUUCACAACAUCUAACAAAAUCUGAGACGUGUCUGUCCUCUACGCCAGUAUCAGGCUCUCCAAACCACGAAGACUUUAGAACAAUGUCUCCUGAACAGAAUUCGUUUCAGGUCCACACCAGUGUCUUGCAAGUUUCCAUCCCUUCUUUCUCACCAACCUCCAGAUGCUCAGAAGCAUCAACUGAAAACGUGAAAGCCCAAUCUAGGAUGGCAGUUGCAAAUGAAAUCAGUGAAAGGAAAACACCAUUGGCUUCCAUUGAAAAUGACACAAAAUUCCAGCUAGGUGGCACAAAACUAACUUCAGCUCUGCAAAAAUCAAGCAGCCUGGGAAACUUGAAGAAAGAGCCAUCGGAAGAUAAAGAGCCUGCAGAGAAGCCAGAAGAGAGCAAGAUGCCAGCAGAGGGCAGCAAAUACAGAACUCUCCCUCCUAAAUCCCCAGAUGACGAUGAUGCCUUUGGGACCCGUAAAGCCCGGUCUUCAUUCGGGCGAGGAUUUUUCAAGAUCAAAAGUAAUAAAAGGACAGCAAGCGCACCUAACUUGGAUCGCAGUCGAAGUGCAAGUGCACCCACCUUAGCUGAGACAGAAGAAGGAUCCUCAGACCACCUGGAUCUGGCUAGUUUGCCUCCCCGGCCAAAAGGGGGGAUUCUGACUCCACCAUCUCCUGACUCCAGAAAGAAAACAAGAGGAAUCAAAAAGCUGUUUGGAAGACUCAUAAGAAGCCAGUCUACUACAUUUAAUGCAGAUGACUUGCCAGAGACCGAGUUUAAAAGAGGAGGAACAAGAGCAACUGCUGGGCCAAGACUAGGCUGGUCGCGAGAUCUUGGGCAAUCCAAUAAUGAUUUGGACAUGCCAUUUGCAAAAUGGACAAAAGAGCAAGUUUGCAACUGGCUUCAGAACCAGGGCCUGGGCUCUUACAUAAAUAAUGGCAGGCACUGGAUACUCUCUGGUCAGACUCUCUUGCAGGCUUCUCAGACGGAUUUAGAGAAGGAACUUGGAAUCAAGCAUCCACUGCAUCGGAAAAAGCUGCAGCUGUCGCUUCAGGCAUUAGGAUCAGAAGAGGAGAAUAAUCACGGGAAACUGGAUUACAACUGGGUUACAAGAUGGCUGGAUGAUAUUGGACUACCCCAGUACAAGACACAGUUUGAUGAAGGAAAGGUGGAUGGUCGAAUGCUUCAUUACAUGACUAUUGAUGACUUGCUCUCCUUGAAAGUUGUGAGUGUCCUCCACCAUCUCAGUAUCAAACGUGCCAUUCAAGUCCUCAGGAUAAAUAACUUUGAACCCAACUGUCUGCGCAGGAGGCCUUCAGAUGAGAAUAACAUCACACCCUCAGAGGUUGCCCAAUGGACUAAUCACCGGGUGAUGGAGUGGUUGCGGUCCAUUGAUCUUGCAGAAUAUGCUCCUAAUUUAAGGGGAAGUGGCGUUCAUGGUGGUUUAAUGGUGCUGGAGCCUCGCUUCAAUGUUGAGACCAUGGCGCAGCUGCUAAACAUCCCCCCCAACAAGACACUACUGAGGCGACACUUGGCAACUCAUUUCAACUUGCUGAUUGGUCAAGAGGCCCAGCAGCAAAAGUGUGAAGCUAUGGAAUCUCCAGACUAUGUCCUCUUGACAGCUACAGCCAAAGUGAAGCCAAAGAAACUUGGUUUUGGUAAUUUUGGAAAUUUGCGGAAAAAGAAGCAGGAUGAUGGGGAAGAGUAUGUGUGCCCAAUGGAUUUAGGACAGGCAUCAGGAAGUGGAUCAAACAACGCUUUCCGGCCAGGUUUAGACAUCAGGCCCUAUGACGAUGAAGAUCUGGACAGACUAGAGCAGAUGGAAGAUUCUGAAGGAACCGUGAGACAAAUAGGAGCAUUUUCUGAAGGCAUCAACAACUUGACUCACAUGUUAAAAGAAGAUGAAAUGUUCAAAGACUUUGCUACUCGUUCCCCUAGUGCCAGCAUAACAGAUGAGGAUUCUAAUGUGUGACCGUGGCGUUGUUGGACAUCAGAAUAAUAAUUCUCAUUCUGCUAGGACUGCCACUCAUCUGUGACGGGGACAGAAGAUCAUGUAACAUAAAUUCAUUAUUGCUUCUGUUUCUUAGAAGUGAUAGAUUUCAGGUGGAUGACAGGAAAAGAGGUGCCUAUCUGUUCUGAAGUUGCCAUAAAUGAAAAUAAUAAACCUAUGGGUGAAAUACAUACUUUUCUCUCUAGUGUAGAAGCUUGUGACAUAUUUCAAAACACUGUGUUUAAUUACACCGCUGUCAUAAUUUUCCUACACAUAGUUGUGCCAUAAGAUAUAUCUGGAUAUUUCUUUUUCUGCAAAGUUGUACAAACCAAAAAUCAUCAGCUAUAGAUUUCUGGAACCAUUAUCCAUCGAAGGUCUGUCAGUAAGAAAACAAACUUGCGAUGUAUGGCCUUCCUGGUUUUUAUGAAUAGCUCAAAUGUUAAAUAGCCAACUUAUGCAUUUGGUGUUCAGCGUUGGUCUCCUACUAUACCAUCAAGUACAUAAUUUCUGAAAUGUAAAUUCUGUUUUUUUCUAUUUUUAUACAAUUUUUAUUAAAAACAGAAAAAAUGUAUUGAGUACAUACAAACCAGAAGUUUUAUAUUAUGAUGCAAGGUGAUUAAGAUGACUUUUUUUUUUAAAAGGAAAGUAUUCCAGUUUGCAAACCAGCUGGUUACUGGAGAAGUCAGACUGACCUUGAAACUACCUGUUUCCCCCAAGUGAUGCGUGCAUUCUUACAUUAGGAAUGAAGUUGUUAGAAAGGAUGGUCCCUUUUUGCAUGAUUAAAAAGGAGUUUUUCCUAGACUUUAAGUUAGAUUUUAAUAACAUUUUAAAGUUUUAGCAUUUAAAACAGCACAGACUGAGAAACACCUUGGUCUUUGUGAAAGAGGGCCACCAAACUUCCUGCAGUGGAAGAGUUCCUUAAAACUAUGCCAAGAGGAAAAGGUGGCCAAGCCAUUUUAUUUUUCAGUAUUGAAUUCAAACAUGGGGUCUUGCCUUCCAAGUACAAUUGACCAUACUGAAACACACUGCCAGAUAUUUAUGCUUGUUUUUAAUAUCAUUUUCUGGCUUCUUAAGUGGUUAGACUUGUAAAAUUCAGUUUAGCUAGUGAGAAUGUUGUUUGCCAGGCUUUCCGCAGUUAGACUACCCUCUUCACUUACUGACUCCGUCGUCCCUCCCUCUGAAAACUGGUACUGUUUUGCUGCUUGCUUAAAAUGGUAACGUUGCAGAUGUUGGAAAUGUACUCCUUGAAAGGAAUUGUUCACACUGUAGGUGCCCCUUUUGAAACGAACCUGUUUGAACAGUGCUUGGAAAGGAAAUUGAAAGAAUUGUUAAACAGGUGGGAUUUUGACAUGUGCUUGGAUACUGCUUGCAAUUCCUGUCCCUGUCAAUCCCAGAUAUGUUCCUGUGGCAUAGAGUUCCUGGGACUAGACCAUUUCAAACUGCAGAUGAAGAUCCAAUGUUUAAAUGAUUUCCCACAUAAAAAUUACUCUGUUCACAAAAGGCUGGUUUGUCAGGGACAAGGUCUGAGCCUAGCCUUCUCCUGGAAAUGCUAGGUUUCUGCUUGCAAGCAGUUUUACACGAUGAGCAUUCAAACGUGAUCUUUUCAGUCUGAAGUGGAACACUGUUCAGAAUGCCUAGAUUGGCCCUCCGUCUGACUUUCUAAGUUAAGACUGGCCCUUAAAUCUGCUGCUUCCCUUGUUUCUUCACAUUUGUCAUAAAUUGUAUUACAAUGAAGUGUAUUCUCUGUUUUAUCAAAGACUGCCAUCAGCAUCUGUAUCUUUAAACUUUCUUUCAGAGGAACUUGCCAAUAAAAUUGUAUUCAGGGUUGGCUGUUUAAAGAGGUCCCCAUAAAAUGUAGGUGAGCAUCUCAUUUUGUCGGCUAUAUGAGCUAUUUUGAAUGAAUACAGGAAGUGCCAGUGCAUAAUGGACAAGACUCAUGCUGGUACUGAACAUGUGUUUAUGAAUAAAGUUCACCUUCUCUGAAUACAUGCUGGGCUCUGCCAGCAGCUACAUACGACUAUUCAGGGUCACUUUAUAAAAAAAAUACUGCACAUAGCAAGAUAUGUCAGACUGCUGGAAGUCAACUUUGCUGGUCUGCAGACACUGGUUGUAUAAAAGAAGGGGGUACAAAUGUAAGUAGAGAAUCAGACAAGAGUGUGGGGUCUAACGCACAAAAAUCCAUAGACUUAAACACCAAUGGGGAUGUUUUUCACCUAGCUGUAAUGUUGCAUGUAUGACCAACUUCAGACUUCUCAUUGUUUCUGAAUCCUGAUAUUAAAGGAAGAGUCAGUUCAGACAUGGUGAUAAUUUUUCUGGUUACACCAGUCAUUCUUAUCAAUUGGUCUUUUAUUAUUUCUGUGGGGUUGGGGAAGGGAAGAGUAAUAUAAAACACUCAUAAUUAAACCAAAUAGUUAACUUGAAUGCAUAUGCAUGAAAUAUUUUCAUGGUAUUUUAUUUGGUUCUGUGUGUACAAAGAUGUCAGCAUAAACUUAUAUGUAUUGCCAUCUUAAUA